AUGGCAAAAAUCAAACACGUUCUGUCUCCUAAACUGUUUCUCACUCUUCUUCUCACUGUAGCCGCAACCGCAGCCGCAGCUGCCGCUACCAAUGGUUUGGAUUCUCCUUCGUCCAAAAUUCGGCGUCCCUGGCCAUUCAAGAAGCUCAACAAACCGGUGGUUUUAAUGAUUUCUUGCGACGGUUUCAGGUUCGGUUACCAAUUCAAAACCGACACACCAAACAUCGACCUUCUCAUAUCGGAAGGGACCGAAGCCAAAUCCGGUCUAAUCCCGGUCUUCCCCACCAUGACAUUCCCAAACCACUACUCUAUCGCUACCGGACUCUACCCGGCUUACCACGGUAUAAUCAUGAACUCGUUUACUGAUCCGGUAACCGGAGAUAAGUUCAACAAAGGCCUAGACCCGAAAUGGUGGUUAGGUGAGCCGUUGUGGGUAACCGCAGCAAACCAAGGUCGCAAGGCUGUGACUUACUUUUGGCCAGGCUCUGAAGUUCCCAAAGAUUCUUGGACUUGCCCUAAAGAAUAUUGUCCACAUUUCAAUCUUUCGGUUCCUUUACAUGAAAGGGUCGAUACAGUCUUGAGCUAUUUCGAUCUUCCCGUGAGCGAAAUCCCGGAUUUCUUGAUGCUCUAUUUCGAUGAACCGGACAAGGAAGGCCAUGACUAUGGCCCCGAUGAUCCUCGGGUCACGGCUGCGGUCUCGAAGGUAGACACAAUGAUCGGUAGGGUCAUUGAGGGGCUGAAGAAGAGGGAGAUCUUCGAUGAGGUUCAUAUCAUAUUGCUUGGUGAUCACGGAAUGGUUACUAAUUGUGACUUGAAGACAAUUUACAUUGAGGAUUUAGCAGACUGGAUCAAGAUUCCCGCGGAUUGGAUCUACGCUUAUAGCCCGGUACUAGCAAUAAAUCCGAAGUGGGGCGACGAUGUGGAGAAUCCGGGAGAGAAGAACGCGGAAGUCGUGGCGAAGAUGAACGAAGCUUUGAGCUCAGGGAAAGUAGAGAACGGAGAGCUUUUGCAGGUUUACUUGAAGGAGAAGUUACCGGAAAGGCUGCAUUAUUCAGAGAGUUCUCGUAUUGCGCCGAUUAUAGGAAUGGUCGGAGAGGGUCUAGUGGUUAGACAGAACAGAACAGGCGUUCACGAAUGUUACGGAGAUCAUGGAUACGACAACAAGUACUUCUCCAUGAGAUCUAUCUUUGUCGGACAUGGACCUAGGUUUAGGAGUGGGAAGAAAGUGCCGUCGUUCGAGAAUGUUCAGAUCUACAAUGUUGUUGCAGAGAUUCUUGGACUCCGACCAGCUUCGAACAAUGGUUCUUCUUUGUUCACUAGGAACAUUCUCUCGCCCUUUGGAACAACAGGGGAAGUAGAAUGA